UGGGGCUGCCGGUUUCCGGUCUCUUCUGUGUCGGACGUCCCUCGCUCCCGCCGGGCGGGCAGCCGUUGUGAGCGGAAGCGGGUUGGGCCGACGGCGAGCUGGCGGCGUCGCCAUGCCCCGGUAUUACGAGGACAAGCCGGAGGGCGGCGCGUGCACGGGCGUGAAGGAGGACCUGGGCGCCUGUCUGCUGCAGUCGGACUGUGUGCUCCAGGAAGGAAAAUCCCCUCGGCAGUGUCUGAAGGAAGGAAACUGCAAAGCUUUGAAAUACUCAUUUUUUGAAUGUAAAAGAUCAAUGCUGGAUACUAGGUCAAGAUUCAGAGGAAGAAAAGGAUAUUGACACUAUAUUAUGUUGAAACCAAGAUGAAAACAACAAAGGAUUUCCUAUGGCCAUUAAAACAGAGACACCAAAAUGGGAAACACACAUUUUGCUACACUUGUUUAGUUGUACCAUUUUCUUCACUCCUUGGAAGACUGGAAAACAUGGAUGAGUUCUGCUUUUGAAUAUAUUAUAAAAUGAAUGAUUCUCUUACUCUUAUUUUUAGAAGAAAAAUGUACCUGAAUUAUGAGCUAAGUGUAAUAAAUGUUUUGAGAUGUGUUUUAAAGCAAAAA